GUGAGUGAGGAGGAGAGAAAGAGAGAGAGCGGGAUGCUGACAGAUUCCUGAUAGAUGGCUAAAAUGGCGAAAGCGUGUUGGACCCCGGCGAGCCACCAAACCGUAGGACUGUAGGUCGGAACAUGUAGCCCAGUUGCUGAAGCUGGAUAUCUCUGUGUGUGUUUUUAGCCCCAGUCCAUUCACAUCACGUUGUCUUCUGCAAGCGCUGGAAUAUUUUCUGUAAGUGUUUAAAUGGCAUCCACAAGGCACUGCUGCCUUGUUCCGUGCUUUUUGGGAAUACUCGUAAAUGCUUUAAUCGGUGUACUGUGUGAAGCGGAGCUCUCCUUCACACUGGAGCCCAGUGACAUCAUCGCUGUACAGGAGCAGCCCCUCAUGCUCCACUGCCAGGUGAACGGCAUCCCCCCUAUUACGACACAGUGGAGGCACAACGGCUUGCUUUUAACUCAGGAUCAGCAUCACACCACCUUCAUCAAUGGCUCACUCCUGGUCACUCACUUCCAGAAGACCAAAUCUGAUGGCUCAUCUGACGAGGGCGACUACGAGUGUAUGGCCCAGAAUUCUUUUGGGCUGGUGGUGAGCCGCAAGGCCCGUAUUCAGGCAGCCACCAUGGCAGACUUCCAUGUCCAACCAGAGUCGGUGCAUGCUGAGGAGUCCGGUGUAGCUAGAUUCCAGUGCCAGAUCCAUGGUCUGCCAGAGCCUCUCAUCAGCUGGGAGAAAGAUAGCCGUUUGGUGGACACCAAGGACGAGAGGUACACACUUCUGCCCACAGGUGUUCUGCAGAUUACAGGAGUGCGUGAGGAAGACAGUGGGAAGUUCUGCUGUGUCGCCCAUAACAGUGCAGGAGUGAAACACAGCACAGAGGCUCUCCUCACUGUUUCAGGCUCUCAGUCAUCUGUUUACAAAGAGCCUAUGAUAGUGGUCGGUCCAGAAAACCUUACCCUCACUGUUCACCAAACUGCUAUCUUGGAGUGUGUUGCUACCGGAUACCCUCGGCCUAUUGUAUCUUGGAGCAGACUAGACGGCCGACCCAUCGGUGUGGAGGGAAUCCAGGUACUCGGCACAGGGAACCUAAUGAUCUCAGAUGUGGGCGUGCAGCACUCAGGGGUCUAUGUGUGUGCUGCUAACAAACCUGGGACUCGUGUUCGUAGGACUGCUCAGGGACGUCUAGUGGUCCAAGCUCCAGCAAAGUUUGUUCAAGCUCCGCAGUCCAUCGCUCGGCCUGUCGGCACCACCGCCAUCUUUACCUGCCAGGCACAGGGCGAGCCUGAGCCCCAGCUCACCUGGCUGAAGAAUGGGCAGAUUCUGGAGCCUGGGGGACACGUCAAACUCAGGAACAACAACAGCACACUGACAAUAUAUGGUAUCAGCGAGGAUGACGAGGCAAUCUACCAGUGUAUCGCCGAGAACAGCGCCGGCUCCACACAGGCCAGUGCCCGCCUCACAGUUCUCUGGGCUGAUGGACUGCCCGGUGUGCCCACCCACUUGCAGGCCGAAGCCCUGUCACCCACCAACAUCCAGGUGUCCUGGAGGGAGCCUGAUCAGAACACUGAGGACAUCAUUGGUUAUGUGCUCCACAUACGCAAGACUUCAGACACAGCAGAGAUGGAGUAUGAGGAAGCCGUCAGUAAGGUGACGCUGCAGCAGAUCAUCAGGGACCUGGAGCCCUCCACCAGUUACACCUUCUACGUCAAGGCCUACACAUCCCAUGGGGCCAGCAAACCAUCUGACAGUGUCACUGAGAGCACUCAUGGGGAGGUGCCAACGCCUCCUUCCCUCUACACCAAGGUGGUGAACAGCAGUGUUAUACAAGCCAUGUGGGAACCUUCCUCCAAGAUGGGCCAACAUCAAGGCUUCAGACUGUAUUACAGAAGAGCCCACACACCGCUGUUCACUGGUCCCAUCACCUUCCCUCGCAACGUCACCCGUUACAACAUCACUCAGCUGGAUCCUGCACUCGUCUAUGAAAUAAGACUGCUUGCAUACAACCACCAUGGAGAUGGCAACGCCACCAUACGAUUUGUUUCACUUCGGGAGACCGUGGAGAAAUCUGUGUUGGAUGCCCCAUGCGACUGUGUGAAAGACGAACACAGCAAAACAUCUACGACAGGCAUCAUAAUCGGCAUUCACAUCGGAGUCACCUGCAUCAUCUUCUGUGUGCUCUUCCUCGUCUUCAGCUACCGUGGCAGGUUGAUGAUGUGUAAGACGGUUCAGGCCACCCCCCAGGCAGGGCACAGCACAGGGAUGGAAUCCUCUUCCUCUUCCCAGGGGGCCUCUGGGCUGAAUGGGGCUGCCAGAAGAGAGAUGGAGGUCAAUGGCUGCUUAGCAGGGAAGAAAGUGGCCGACAGCAACGAGCUCGAGACACUUUUCACUCAACCAACCACUCACAACACAUGCAUGACCGACUGCUACGUGCUGAACGACACCCAGCUGUCUACAAUACCGCUGGAUGAGUUUGCAGUAGAACGAGAGACGCAGUUCCAGGAGCCUCCUGCAGCAGGAGCGGUCCGGCAGGACCAAGGCUAAUCACGUAUGAAGGCCAGUUCACACAACACUGUCAGACUCUUCUCUCACUCAGGUUGACAAGUGUUUCCUUUCACAGUAGUUUUCCUUUUGUGCAAAGAUUUUUUUAUUGGUAAGUUAAGAAGUUCUCAAGGAUCUAGGACUGUAUAUCGGAGUGUUUUUUGGCGAGAGCUCUCUUCUGAUGGACGGCUGUGUCUGGCCAGUCAGGCCAGUUAAAUGUUCUUUAUUUUUUACAAUUUGGUCUAUUUCUGGUGUUGGACAGUCCACAGAAUAGACACCCAAGAAUGUCCUUGUUAUACAAUGAUGGUUUUAUUUUUAUAUAUAUAUAUAAAUAUAUAUAUAUAUAUAUAUAUAUAUAUAUAUAUAUAUACAUAAAUAUCUUUAUCACUUAUAUGUCAAAGUGGUUAUAAGUUAUUGGUCUUUUUUCUACUAUUCUGUGGAUGUAAAAGACUCCUGCCGCCUGCUUUCACCUACCAAUGAUUCCACCUUCUCGCUUACAGAAGACUUCCGCCUUCGUCCAGGGAUUUGAUGUAUUCUGUCUCAGGACUUUGUUUAAGUGAUACCAACUUUUUCUUAUGAGUUCCUGGCCUUCAUACAGACAGUAGACCUGGCUGUGUGAACCUUACGAUUCAACAAAAACCUACCUCAGCCGGAAUGAAUGUGUUGUGGGAAGCAUUUAGGAACUUUACCUUCCCCUAUGUUCACAAUUACGUUACAUGCGGAGAAACUGAUUGGUUUAAAAAAUAUCAAAAUCAGGUACCGCACUACCUCAGAUGUCAAGAAUUGUCUCUCUUCUCCUGCUUGUCGAAAAAAAUGGGGAGGGAUGAGUAUCCAACAUGAAGCACUUCCAAAUGCUGAAGUUAAUGUUCUACCUCAAGAUAACAAUGUUAAUGUUGUCGCUGUUGUUGUUGUUGUUGUUGUUGUUUGUCUGUUUAUUGCAUAAUGAAAAACCCUCUUUUCCCCCCUCUGGGAAAUCCUGGAUUCCCUCUGUCAAUGAAUAUGGUGUUUGUAGAUGUCAAUGUCAGUACCUCAUGCAAGUUGACAGACUAAUAACACUGUUGAAUGGAUUACAGAAUGACAGGACGAUGCAUGAAUUAUGCUUUUUCAUUGUAAACCUUUUUUUAAAUUUUUUUUAUUCAAAAGAUCAUAUUUUUUUUUCCUUCAGUUGAAUGAAAAAAGCAUUUAGAGACACUGUAUUGCUCAGGACUAUUACAUGCUUAAUGAUACGUGAUACAUAAUGGGCUGUUGGAAGAGAGGCAAAAUAUUACAUUAUACAAACAUAUACGUGUCUAAAUUUAGCGCUAUAAUUUAAUUGAAUGCUUUAUUGAUUUCAUGUCUUUAUAUGUGUACAGUGUUUGCAAUACAAGAAGAAAAUUUGACACAAAUCUUAUCAAAAACAUUAUUCCACUGUUGUUGUUGGUGUAAUGACUAAAAGGGAAUAGUUUCACAUUUUGGCUUUCUUGCUGACAGUUAGACAAUACCACUUGUGUACCUGUGUUAACAAUGAAAGCUGGUAGGCAAUUAGCCUAAUUUAGCAUGUACUGUAUAUAGUACAGCACAUCCCCUAUAAUUCUACGUUGCUGUAUUCAUAUUACUGUUUGAGUGCAAUUUAAAUACAGGAUAUAUAACAUGUUAAUUAGGGAGCUUUAGAGGUGCCAGGGUGCAGAUUUUAUUGUGUGAAAAAAGCAAAGGGGACAAUGUUUUCUGAUCAUGCACAACAACAACAACAAAAAUGCAAAAAUAGAAUCCCCUUUCAAUACCAUGGAUAUAGUGCCACUUGGCCAGCCAUGCCAAAAUACUCCCGCAUUUCAAUAUCCAAUAGAAAAUAAUCUCAUAGCACAAUGUGGUGUCAACACAAAAAUAGCGAAGUUUACUGGUGGCAAAAACAAAAUAUUUUCACCCAAGAAAUGCUUGUUUGUUCCUCGGGGUUGUUCAGCGUCCCGGAGCCCUGUAGCGGCUAUCACACUAUAGACUGUUUGCGUUACAGCGCUUUAAUUAGUUUAAAAUAUUUCCAUUUUAGGUAUAUAAUACAUGGUCUAAUGGUGAAGUAGAAUUGAUCACUUUGAGGGGGGCAUACAUUUUGUCAUAUGAAUAAUUCAGCAGCCACAGGGAUGUGUAGACCAGAAUGGGGGAAAUCCCACGCAUCCCCUCCUCCAAUAUCUUACCUUAAUUGUUUCCCAAAUGUGCAACUAUUCCUUUGAUUAAAAUUGGCAGCAGUGUAUUUCUAACCUCAUUCCGGAUAUUUGUUGCUGCAGUGCUCUUAGUGAUUAUAUUUUCACUUAUGACUUUGACUUACAUUUACAUGAUCUGCCUCUUUUUUUAAACAAAGUAGUAGCCUUUCAGACUUAUGGUGCCCAGAAGACGUGACAGUUGCCGAUCAUGCUCGACUAUUUUUACUCUCUUCCUGAAACCACAACUGCUGCUCAACCUUCUCCCUCCUGUCAACACUGACUCGUUAAAGUGCUUCAGGAACACCAUGUUUAUAAUAUCGCUGGCUGUUGACAACCACAGACGGAGAGCUUGCUGAGGGAGAUAGACGUUGUUGUGUUUCACAUGGCUUGUCUCUCCAGCUCUCUGCUGUGUGUCGUCACAAACUAUACAGGACUAGCUCUGAUGCGUCAUGGUUACCUACCUCAACCCUGUUUUUGGCCUUUCACUCAGGUCUUAGCGAAGGAAACAUUCAGAGUACGAACAAUGGAGUAGAGGAAGACAUAAAUAUAUAUAAAUGAAUACAUAUUUAUUGCAAUUGUUGCCACAUGCUGGACAGACAGAAAGGGACACAUACAGUACACAAACACACAAAUGGAGGGAGAACUUUUUAGGACCUUUAUUUGGUGCACUAACUAUUAAAACAGUUUAAGUUCAUGCUUAGUUUCUAGUGGAUUUGAAUGUGUAACUUUGAUUAUCUGAUUUUUUUUUAACAUCACAAUCUUUUAAUUAUUUUUUGUCACUGGUGUUUGGCACUAUGUAGUUUCUCUGUGAAUAAGUAAACUGAGAAAUGUAAAGUGGGUGCCACUUACAACUCUAACACACACAAUUUAUUGAUUUGCCUUUCUGGCUUCUAAACCUGAGCAUGACUCGUCAUCACAUCAACUAUGCUGCAUUCACGUGAUAUCGUUCAGAUUGUUUUCAUGGGUAGCCGAGGGAGCAAAGCCUCACAAGUUGUAGCCUAAUUACCAACACUUUGAUCAUGGAAAUUUCACACAGCUACAAUAUUUUCAACUUAGUGAAAAGUAAGUAUUAAUGUAUUAACAAACUAGAGAUGUCACUGUUUCAGAAAAUCAGGUUCAAAUACAUUUGAACUAGUGAGUAAUUUGUUCCAAAGGUUGUAUAGUUGACCUUGUUCCACUCGUUCGCUAUGCCUCUGCUGCAACACCUGAGCUACAAGCUAACAUUAUUUUGCAUUUUGCAAAGUCAACAAAUACCUUUACCUUUAUCCAUGUUUUUUACGUCCAUGGUCUCUUAAUCCCAAAUACCUUCCCUCAAAUUACCUGUCAGAUAUUUUGCUUUGGUUUGUUUAGCACACUUGCUACCUUUCUUUAUUUUGCAUCAGCAAAGAUAACAAUUCUCUAGUUUACUGAGUGGCAGCAGAGCAUGCAAUGGGUCAGAUGGACAGGUCAUUUUUUUUCCAAUUGAUUCAGUUAAUUUAAAAAGCUUGAAUGCAUAUCUGGUUUCACAGAACAAAACUAGCUACUUUACGUCAGAGGUUCUCAUUGUUUUCCAAGGACAACUAAAGAAUAUACCGGGGACCCCCUUUGUGUUUGUUCCUUGGAAUAAUUUGACAUUGCCUGUGUGAGACAGAAAUGUAUCAGAAAGAUACUAGACAUGUGUUAUCAAUAUUUACAGAUUGCAAGUUACACAUUUGUUAGAUUAGAAAACAUCAAACUAUUAUCAUUUAUAAAAUGAAAAAGUAAAUAAUAAAUAUGAAUGCCAUUCAAGCCUUUUGUAAAAAAAAAUAUAUAUAUAUAUAUAUACCAUUUUUUUCUCUCAUGAUUAUUUAAAUGAAUGAAUCUGAAAACUUGCCACUUCACUUUUUUCAGUUUUUUUCUCAUUUUGCUUACAUUGCGUAAAUGCGGCAUAAGUUUCAAAGAGGAGUGAUGAAAAUGUAGGAGUCCAUAUUUAAAUCAUUGUGGCGCUAUUCACAGUAUUGUAUCUUCUGAUCGUGCAAGACAUUCCACAUGAGAUUUGUUUCUGUCCCCACAGCAGAGAAUCACCUGUUAUCUUUGUGUGUUCUGCAGCACUGCAUUACACACAGUUUCCAUUGUAGUAAUAAUCGUCAUUAGGUUCUGUAAUGGUAUGCCUUUUAAAUGUAUUUGUUUGUGCCUAUUUGUUUGCAAAGUUUCUCCUUGCAACCAUUUCUUGUAUUUAGAUGUACAAUCAUGUUACAAGUGUUUUGGAAAAACAAUAAUGGUACUUGUCAAAAUAGUAGAACAAAUGUUCAAACACAAAUGUCUCCUGCUUUCAUAUUUAUUAACUACCAAUCUGAUUUUUCUCUCCAAGGCUGCUGUAGCCUUAAUCAGUGUAUUUACUGCGGGGAGUAAUUUCACUGGGGAAACAAGUGGUGUGAUUUUCUUCCUUCCUUUCUUCCUUCCUCUGUACCUAGGUGUAAUUUAGGGUUAAUCUUCUGCAGGAAAUUGCCCACAUCUCACCCAUGUAUGUGACAGGUUUUAGUUCCAUACUGUUUAACCUGAUUCAUUUGGAAUAUGGUGCAGGGCUUAUCAUGUUUACCUGAUUAGACUUUGAUAGGUCAGGUUGUUGUUUUGUUAUAUAAUAUUAGAACUUCCCUUAAAGCUGUACUCACUGACUUACUGGGGGACCUUGAAAAAGGGGCCUUUGUCUUUUAUUUCUUGCAGCCUUGGGAAGUAUAUCACCAAACUCAGUUAGCCAGCUUCCUUUGUUCUUCAUUCAAGAAUCCUAACCUUUGGACAGGGAGAGUACAAUAUGUGCUCAGGGACUCUCUGAUCCUCUUGUUAUAUGUGCAUCAGCAGGUCACUCUUGGCCUUCUGGACUUUACAUGGUUAUCCUCUUUAAAUUCUACUUUUGUGUCCAGUUCAGUAAGAUUUGCUGUUAGGGAUGCCUUCUUUGUCUGUCAUCUAUAUAAAUAAGAGAGAGUGUUGGCAGGAUGAUGAGUUUUUUUUACCAUGUGUCCUCUGUUUGGCCGCUGUCCUAAACAAAACAUAAAGGGACAAUUUCUCAGAAAACUGCCUCAUUAGUGUGCCAGCGGGUGAUGAAAACCAGGAUGCAAGGAUUACACAUUAACAUGAGGUUAGCACUUCAGUGGAAAAAUAAUUUGUGACAACUUCAGAGAAAUUUACAUUCACAAAGAGAGUUGAAAGAUUAUUGUUAAACCCUGUUAAUCCUUUACAAAUCUGUCUGGAUUACCUUAGAAGUGAUUGACUUCUUUGGCAAUGCUUUAUGCUAUGGAAAUCUGAUCACUAAAAACCUUCUGUAGUUCUGUAUUUUAUGAUAUUCAUUCUAUAGCUAAAGCAGUUAGUCAAUGAACAUUGAUUGGCAGAAAAGUCAUUUUUGAAACACAAAUGCCAAACAUGAACCAGUUUGAGCCUCUUAAUUGUGAGAAUUAGCUGCUUUUGUUAUUAUAUAUGAUGAUCAACUUCAAACUUUUGAGGAAACUUGGACAAACCAAAUGUUUUAAAGAAGUGAUAAUGAGCUUUAAGAAAUUGGGAUUUUUCAAUUGUAUUGUGACAUAAAAAAACAAAAAACAUUAAGGUAAUCAUUAAGUUGCAGAACUAAUUCAUUCAUACUUCUCAGGUUCUCACAAAGAAGGCAUCCUGGACUGGCCAUGUGCAGGAUUAGUUUUACAUUGCCAGUAUAAGACUAUACAUGCGCCUGUGCAUUUCUCUGUCUUAUGCAUUAACUUAACACAGGUGACCAGAUCAAGUCUGAAGGACAAGAUUAAAAUAUCCUUUACAUAAUGUGGUAUUGAUCAUUUGAUAUGAUUGUGUAUUGAUUACAUUUCCGAUGCAUUUAUCUCUAUGGUGUGAAGAGUUUGAAUUAUUUCCAAUUGAUCUAUACUCUUAUCAAAUGGUGAUUUACUGUAAAUGUACUUUAGUGUGUGGGAUCAGUAUUAUAUUUUAUAUACCUCUGUCAGGAAAGCAGAUUGAAUCCAAUGUGUUUAAAGUUAGUAAGCAGGGACAAAACCUACAGUAGAUCUGCAUGAGAAACAAAAAAGCUAAUGUAUUAUUUUAGCUGAAAUGAAAAGUGUUAGUUAAUCAUUAUUGGACUUGUGAUGGUAGCACUGUGAUAUUAAGCCGAAUAAUGGCAAAA